GGAGCGGAGAGGCCGGAGGAUGGACUUGCCCUGGGCUGCUCGCCUUCUCUCUCUGCUGCUGGUACCGCUGCUGCUGGGCCCUGCGCGCGGCCUGCGCAAUGCUUCCCGGAGGACGUUCAAGAUCGACUACAGCCACAACCGCUUCCUCAAGGAUGGCCAGCCGUUCCGCUACAUCUCGGGGAGCAUUCACUACUUUCGGGUGCCCCGCUUCUACUGGAAGGACCGGCUCCUGAAAAUGAAGAUGGCCGGGCUGAACGCCAUCCAGACGUAUGUGCCCUGGAACUUUCACGAGCCCCAGCCAGGACAGUACCAGUUUUCUGGGGAACAUGAUGUGGAAUAUUUUCUCAAGCUGGCCCAUGAGCUGGGACUGCUGGUUAUCCUGAGGCCCGGACCCUACAUCUGUGCAGAGUGGGACAUGGGAGGAUUGCCGGCUUGGCUGUUAUUAAAAGAGUCGAUUAUUCUCCGUUCUUCUGAUCCAGAUUACCUUGCAGCCGUGGACAAGUGGUUGGGAGUCCUUCUGCCCAAGAUGAAGCCUCUCCUCUAUCAGAAUGGAGGGCCCAUUAUAACCGUGCAGGUUGAAAACGAAUACGGCAGCUACUUCACCUGUGACUACGACUACCUGCGCUUCCUGCAGCGGCGCUUCCGCGACCACCUGGGCGGGGACGUGCUUCUGUUCACCACCGACGGGGCGCACGAGAAGUUCCUGCAGUGCGGGGCGCUGCAGGGGAUCUACGCCACCGUGGACUUCGGCCCAGAUGCCAACAUCACCGCUGCUUUCCAGAUCCAGAGAAAGAGUGAGCCCAGAGGACCGUUGGUGAACUCUGAAUUCUAUACUGGCUGGUUAGACCACUGGGGCCAACCUCACUCAAGAGUGAGGACUGAAGUGGUAGCUUCCUCCCUCCAUGACGUACUUGCCCAUGGGGCGAAUGUGAACUUGUACAUGUUUAUAGGUGGGACCAAUUUCGCUUAUUGGAAUGGGGCCAACAUCCCCUACCAACCACAGCCCACCAGCUACGACUAUGACGCCCCACUGAGCGAGGCAGGGGACCUCACUGACAAGUAUUUUGCUCUGCGGGACGUUAUCCGGAAGUUUGAAAAAGUACCAGAAGGUUUUAUCCCUCCAUCUACACCCAAGUUUGCAUAUGGAAAAGUUGCUCUGCAAAAGUUAAAGACGGUGGAGGACGCUCUGAACGUUCUGUGUCCUGCUGGGCCCAUAAAAAGCCUUUAUCCGUUGACGUUUAUCCAGGUGAAACAGUAUUUUGGUUUCGUGCUAUACCGAACAACGCUUCCUCAAGACUGCAGCAACCCCACACCCCUGUCAUCACCCCUCAAUGGAGUCCGUGACCGCGCCUAUGUCGCCGUGGACGGGGUGCCCCAGGGAGUCCUGGAGCGAAGUUACGUGAUCACUCUGAACAUAACAGGGCAAGCCGGAGCCACUCUGGACCUUCUGGUGGAGAACAUGGGGCGUGUGAACUAUGGCAGAUACAUCAAUGAUUUCAAGGGUCUUAUUUCUAACCUGACCCUCGGUUCCAGUGUCCUCACGGACUGGAUGAUCUUCCCGCUGGACACCGAGGAUGCAGUGCGCAGCCAUCUGGGAGGCUGGCAUGGCCGUAACCAUGGCCGUCAGGAUAAUAAAGCCUUUGCCCACCACUCGUCCAACUACACACUCCCGGCCUUUUAUGCGGGGAACUUCUCUAUUCCCAGCGGGAUCCCAGACUUGCCCCAGGACACCUUUAUCCAGUUUUCUGGAUGGACCAAGGGUCAGGUGUGGAUUAAUGGCUUUAACCUUGGUCGAUAUUGGCCAGGGCGGGGCCCCCAGGUGACUUUGUUUGUGCCACGGCACAUCCUGAUAACAUCAGCCCCAAACACCAUCAUGGUGCUGGAACUGGAGCACGCGCCCUGUGAUGACAGUGGCCCGGAACUGUGCACCGUGGAGUUUGUGGACAGGCCGCUCAUCAGUGCUACUCCGACCUCCAGUCAUCCCCUGCCAGACCUGUCUGAUCGAGACUGGGGAUUGGACCGUGUCUGAUGGCUAAACACUGUGACCCUUUGGAGUUUCAGCCUUGCACAUAACUCACGUAUCCCUCGCGUAAUGCCAACAUUCCCUGGAAAGUCCUAUUGGAAAAUAGAUUUAGCACGGGUGUUUUCUCCUGGGGUUUUCCGGGCAGCCUCGCGGUGGCUGGCAGGGGCCACAGGGGACGCGUGAUGAGGGUGGCCACACGGUCACGCACAAUGAGUCCGCACAGUCGAAAUGGAAGCUUCAAAGGUGUUCCUGAUUUUUAUUUUGAAAGAAUCAUGUUGUCUUUUUGUUAAA